CCAUGUUUGCGAACGACAUCGUAAAAGAUUUCCUCCACGUGGCAGUGACAACCGGCCACUUGCAAGCUGUCACAGAAAUACUGGCGAAAGGAGCAGACAUCGAAGCCGCCGAUUCUUUCAACUUGCGUCCGGUCCAUAUUGCUGUGGGGCACGGCCAUUUGGACAUUCUUAAAGCGCUUAUCGCAAGGGGCUGUAAUGUAAAUGCACGUGCAUCUUGCCCUUCUCCGUUGUUAAAAAGGGUAGAGCAGCGUUUGACGCCACUACAUUUUGCAGCUGAAUGUGCUGACCCAAACUUCGCGGUCACUUUGAUCCGUGCUGGAGCUUGUGUAAACGCCACGAGUAGUUCCAAUGUGUCGCCACUGCACCUUGCAGCACAACACGGUCAUUUGCCUAUAGUGAAGGCACUAGUUUCUGCAAAUGCUGAAAUGAAUGCCGAGGACGACAGAAAAUUCACUCCUUUACUUUACGCAGUGGAGAACAAUUUCGAAGACGUAGCAAAAUUUCUUGUACAGAGCGGUGCUGUUGUAAAUACUAGAAAUUCGGACCGCGCGACGCCGUUGCAUUUCGCAGCAGAAAAGGGAAAUGUUAACAUAACAAAGCUGUUGAUCGAGAACAGUGCCACUAUUAAUGUAAAGAGUCGGCGAAACUUUACUCCGUUGCAUGUGGCCAUACAAAACAGGCAUGCCGCAGCAAGUCAGCUUUUGAUUGACAGUGGAGCAGAUGUGAAAGCGAGAAAUACCGAAGGAUGGACCCCUUUGCAUAAUGCAGCAUACAGUGGCUACCCAGCGGAAACCGCAAGACGUUUGAUUGCAAAAGGUGCUAGCGUGAAUGCUAAAGACAGGAUUGGAUUAGCACCAUUGCACCUUGCUGCAGAGACAGAUUUCGCUGACAUAGUAAACAUCCUGAUCGAAAACAAAGCUGACGUUAAUGUCACUGACGAUCGAAUGUGUACACCACUGCAUAGCUCGGCUUGCAAGGGCAGCUUGGAUACCAUAAAAAUUCUUAUUGCUAGUGGCGCUACAGUUGAUGCUAGGUCUCAGUACCAAGCUACACCAUUGCAUUUUGCAGCAAACUACUGGCAUGUCGAGGUAGUUAAAUAUCUGUUGGGAAAAGGAGCCGCAGUUAAUGCAACUGAUCACACAAACUGCACGCCACUUCACUUAGCAGCAGACGAGCUUUCCGCCCACCGCAGUUCGGGGGCACAGCCACAGGAUUCUAAAUUGAAUACCAUAAAAGCUCUAAUUGAAAACGGAGCAGAUAUGAACGCAAAGGAAAGCAACGGUCAGACAGCUCUGCACAUAGCUGUAAAGUAUGGAGAUUCAGUCGCAGCUAAAUGCCUGUUAGAGAGUGGUGCAUAUUAUGAUGUGAAGGCUAAAUCUUAUUCUGGUAACGUUACCGUUUCAGACGUUGCCGCGGCGAGUAGAAACGAGAGUAUAAAUGCGUUAUUGCGUGCUACUGAAGAGCUGUUUCAGGCUGUGAAAAUAUCCAAGUGUGCUGAAAUAGAAAAAUGUCUACAAGAAGGGGCAUCAGUCAACAGCAGAAGUAUCAAGUAUGGAACACCACUUAUGUAUGCAUCUUGGAAAGGUCAUUUAGCCGUUGUUAAUUUUCUGCUAAAAAAUGGGGCCAGUAUCAAUCUAAGCAACAGUAAUGGCAUUACUGCACUACAUUAUGCAGCAAAAUUCGGGCAUUAUGAAAUAUCGUGUGUGUUAUUACAACAUGGUGCUGCAUACAAUGCAAGAACCAAAACAGGUAAGAAAACGCCACUACAUUUCGCUCAAGAAGGAGGGGGAAAAGAACUUAUAGAGACACUAGAACUGAUCGAAUGUGUAUUUGCCAGAAUAAACAAUAAGGAUAACAUAGUGCUGAAGGAGUUAAACGAAUUAAAGGACAAAAAAUAUGCCGAAUUUCUUGCCAUAAAAAACUGCAAAAAUGUAAAUGGUGAAACCCUGACACAAAUAGCUUCAAAAAACGGUUGUGGGGAACUUCGUAAAGUGUUUAGUGAUUUGUAAU